AUGCACAUGAAACUAGCAGUGAUAGGAUCUAUCUUUAUUGAUGCCUUCGACAGGAGGCGAGCCGCUAGAAGGAAGGAUGCUCCUGCAGACGUUUCUCUGGCGGACUUAAGUCGUAUCCGUAAGAAGGGUAAAGACGCAGAGGAGGAGGAUGAUGAGCUGGAAGGAGCGGUCGGUCCUGGUGCGGAUCACGUGGAGGAGGUCAUCGUCAAACCGAAACGGAGAUCUGGCAAGAAGACAAAGUCACAGACGCCCAACUUCCAAGAGCCGAUCGCCCUGCCGGACCUGGAGGCUGAGUUUGACAGGAGGACCGCCAAUGAUAACCAGAUAUUCUCAGAGGAGUACUCGGCUCUUCCCGGCACCCUGGGGAAAGAACACGCAGAAGCGUACUACAGCGAUUUCAACACGGCAAAGAAUAGGUUCAAGAACAUCAUCACCUAUGACAGCGGACGUGUAAAGCUGGAACCCAUCCCUGGUGUAGACGGGUCAGACUACAUCAGCGCUUCAUACAUGGAUGGAUACCGAGUUCCACAGAAGUACAUCGCGGCACAAGGUCCUAUGCCGAACACAGUAGAUGACUUCUGGCGGAUGAUUUGGGACACCAAGGCUAAGAACAUCGUCAUGGUUACCAAUCUGAAGGAAAACAACAAGCAAAAGUGCACACAGUACUGGCCCGAGAGUGGCAAGAAGACUUACGGAGACAUUGGCGUGACGCUGGUUGACACUAUCCCCAUGGUUGAUCACGUAACACGGGUAUUUCUGGUUGGGAAGGAAGGUGCCCGUGCCAACCGUCAGGUCACCCAGUUCCACUUCCUCGGCUGGCCGGACUAUGGGCUGCCCAAGAGCCCCAUGGGAUUGCUGAAGUUCCGCAGGGCAGUGAUUACCAAAGCGGCACCCAAGGACAUUCCCAUCGUCGUGCACUGCAGUGCCGGUGUUGGCCGCACGGGGACGUUGCUGACGGUAGACGCCAUGUUGGAGAUGAUGCAGGCUGAAGAGAAAGUGGACGUGUUCGGGUUUGUCUCCAGGAUGCGGCAGAACAGGAGCACCAUGGUCCAGACAAAGGCCCAGUACGUGUUCAUCUACCGGGCCCUCCUGGAACAGUACCUGUACGGAGACACGGAGGUGGAAGUGGCGAACAUCCACCACUACAUGCACAAACUCAGGACCGAGCAGCCGGGCAAGGACAAGACGGGCUUCGAGAUAGAGUUCGGGAACCUGACCCGCCUGCCCGUGGAUCGUGCGAACAUGCGCGGAGGUAACCUGCCGGAGAACAUCUCCAAAAACAGAGUCCUGCAGAUUCUGCCGUACGAUACCAACCGGGUGUUCCUGCAGCACAAACCAGGCGUGAAGGGUUCUGACUACAUCAACGCGUCUUUCAUUGACGGCUACCGUGAGAAAGACGUCUACAUCGCUACCCAGGGCCCGCUGGCCCAGACUGUGGAGGACUUCUGGAGGAUGGUGUGGGAGUGGAACUCCUGCUCUAUCGUCAUGCUGACGGAGCUCAAGGAGAAAGGACGAAACGAAUGUAGCCUCUACUGGCCGGAGACAGGACAGACCACCUUCGGAGAAGUGGUGGUUUCAGCGCAGGGCGUGGAUACGUUCGGUGACUACGAUCUGCGUACAUUCACUGUAACACAUGCAAAGGAAGGCAAAGCCCGCACGGUGCAGCAGUUCCACUUCCACGGCUGGCCGGAAGUCGGUAGCCCUGACAACGCCUCCGGGAUGAUCGAUCUGAUUGGUCAGGUCCAGAAGCAGCAGCAGCAGUCUGGGAACGGACCAAUCACCGUGCACUGCAGUACUGGGUCUGGCCGCACGGGGACGUUCUGUGCCAUCAGCACGGUGCUGGAACGGGUAAAAGCAGAAGGGAUCUGUGACGUGUUCCAAGUCGUCAAGGCGCUCCGGCUGCAGCGGCCUCACAUGGUGCAGACAUUGGACCAGUACCAGUUCUGUUACCAGGCGGUUUUGGAGUAUCUGGACAGCUUUGAUCAUUACGCCAACUUCCGCUAGAGGGCGGUGCCAGUUCAAUCACGUGUCGAAAGUUUUUUGUUUUACAACUGUAACCAAUGAACCAUUUUGUUGAAAGAAUACCCAUGGCUUAAGUAAGCUUUUUGUCUACAUGCAAUCUCAAAGGAUGUUAAUUUGAUACUGUUCAAAUGUUUGUAAAUCUUGAGACUUUUGAGCAGAGUUUCCUCGCUAAUUUGUUGUUACUUUUAACGUUUUUAAAGUGUUCUAUAGGAAAUGUUUCGUCAUGUACUUGGAGGUAUUACAGUGAAUUGAUGCAAUUAUUAAUAUUUGAAUUUCUUAAUUUAGAAGACAAUCAGUUUAGUUUGUAUCUGAGAUGUAACAAGACAAUCAAGUUAAGAUAACCAGGCAAAAAAAGUAAUUGUACUAACGCAUAUAUCAGGAUGUUUGUUUAAAAUUACUAAUAAUGUCGCAAGUUUUGUGCAAUAUAGUCCAGAGUUAAAAUGUCGCUAUGCAGGACACCUGACUAAACUGAUACUUCUCACGUAAGAUUAUGUCAAUGCAACUAACAUAUGGACUUUCCAUGUAGACGACAAUAAUAAUGUUUGAAAUUACUACUAGGAUUUAACUUGCUAUACCAGAUAUUUGUCAAGUAGCCAGGAUCAGUUAUGGAAGCAUUUAUUUCGGUAAGAACAUAGACCACCCAUGUAAACAUGUAAGCAUUUUAUUAGAAUUUCUAGAAAUGCCUCAGAAAAUCUAAGAAAUUACGUAAAAGAGCAGUUAAUAACAGACUUUCAUAAUCAAGUUGUAGUUUGCUUUGUACAUGUAUACCUUUAUCACUGAAAUGCUUUCGAAAGUCCUAUGUCAGAUCUCCUUUUUACUCUUGUGAGGGAGCUAUAUUUUGGUUACCCCAAAUGAGGGUUUGCACUACGUGACACGUGUGCAAACCGACGUGAAAUGAGUAAGCUCACGUCGUGCAAACCCUCAUAUUCGGGUCCCAGUAUAUACCUGUGUGAGGCUUACAGACCAAGAAAAAUCCGUACCAAUGCACAUAAGGAGCCAAAACUGCACACAAAGA